AUCUCCGCCUCCCGGAACAGGAUCCGUUGUCAGUGCUGACGUUGAUGAUGGCGGCUGUGGACCAGUCUCUCCUGGAUCUGACCGAUAAAGAGACCCGUGAGAAGCUGUCUUUGUGGGAUCGUCGUUCCGAUGCUACGGCACCUUUGACAGAAAAGCAGUCGGACUCCAUUCUGGAGAUCCGUACUGCCGCUGAGACUAUACCUGUGCCCACAGAGCUGCCCAUAGAGGACCUGUGCAGCCUGACAUCGCUGUCCUUGAGCUCCUCCUUCACGGCUGCAGUUCCUGCCUCCACUGAGGAUGUCCUGGUGAAGGGCUUCCAGUCCCUGGGUCUGGAGAAUACCAGAAUAGAGACGGCGCAACAGUUUUUUUCCUGGUUUUCCAAGUUGCAGUCACAAAUGGAUCAAGAUGAAGGUGCAAAAUACAGGAAAACCAGAGAGCAUCUGAGCGGGUACCAGGACCAGUGCGAUGCCAUACUGAACGACGUCAACCAGGCUCUGCAGCAGCUGGAUUCCCUGCAGAAACAGUACCUUUUUGUGUCCACAAAAACGGGGACACUGCAUGAAGCGUGUGAACAGCUGCUGAAAGAGCAGUCAGAGCUGGUGAACUUGGCUGAGAGCAUACAGCAAAAAUUGUCAUAUUUCAACGAGCUGGAGAACAUAAACACGAAAUUGAACUCUCCCACUCUAUCCGUGAACAGUGAUGGAUUUAUACCAAUGUUGUCAAAGUUGGAUGACUGCAUAGAAUAUGUCUCUUCACAUCCAAACUUCAAGGACUACCCAGUUUAUUUGGCCAAGUUUAAACAAUGUCUUUCCAAAGCCAUGCACCUGAUGAAAACAUAUACCGUGAACACGCUAUACAAUCUCACCAGUCAACUGAACAAACGGGACCCGCUGGGCACAGCAAGUACAGACAACGCCUUUACGCUGUAUUACGUCAAGUUCAGAGCCGCUGCGCCUAAAGUCAGAACGCUGAUAGAACAGAUUGAACAGAGGUCAGAGAAAAUACCAGAGUACCAGCAGCUGUUGGGGGAGAUUCACCAGUGCUACCUGGACCAGAGAGAGCAGCUUCUGAGUCCCAGCAUAACCAGCACCAUCACGGAUAUGACCAGCCAGAACAACAAGGACCACUGUGCCCUGGUUCGCAGUGGCUGUGCCUUCAUGGUUCAUGUGUGUCAGGAUGAACAUCAGCUCUACAAUGAGUUCUUCUCCAAACCCACACCUAGACUAGACGAGCUGCUGGAGAAGCUGUGCCUGUCUCUGUACGACGUGCUGCGCCCCCUCAUCAUCCACGUCAUCCACCUGGAGACGCUGUCCGAGCUCUGCGGCAUUCUGAAGAACGAGAUGCUGGAGGACCACGUCCACAACAACGCGGGGCAGCUGGGAGCCUUCGAUACCUUGGUGAAACAGAUGCUGGAGGACGUGCAGGAGCGGCUGGUCUACAGGACGCACAUCUACAUACAGACCGACAUCAUCGGCUACAACCCCGCGCCUGGUGACCUGGCUUACCCAGAGAAACUGGAGAUGAUGGAGCAAAUCGCCCAGAGUCUGAAGGAGGAGCAGAUGAAGCUGGCGUCUCCUGAGGCCUCCUUCUCUGAGGUGCAGCUGGAGGAGCCCAAUGCCAAGAAGAGCUCAGGCGGUACGGAGGCGUCGCGGUCGACGGCCUCCAUCUCCCCAGCGGACCUCCACGGUAUGUGGUACCCCACCGUGCGCCGCACCCUGGUGUGCCUGUCCAAGCUGUACCGCUGCAUCGAUAGGGCGGUGUUUCAGGGCUUAUCGCAGGAGGCUCUGUCUGCCUGCAUCCAGUCCUUACUGAAGGCCAGUGAUGUCAUCACGAAGAACAAGACUCAGAUCGACGGCCAGCUGUUUCUCAUCAAACACCUGCUGAUCAUGCGGGAGCAGAUCGCUCCCUUCCACACAGACUUCUCCAUCAAGGAGAUCUCUCUGGACCUCAAGAAAACGAGAGACGCUGCAUUCAAAAUCUUCAACCCCAAGAAGGUUCCCAGUUUCUUCAGGUUCAACAGCCACAACGCCAUCCUAGAAUUCCUUCUCGAGGGUACGCCGGAGAUCAAGGAGCACUACAUCGACUCUAAGAAGGACGUGGACCGGCACCUGAAGUCCAGCUGCGAGCAGUUCAUCCAGCAACAGAGCCGCCUCUUUGUGGGAAACCUGGAGGAGUUCCUCACCAAGGUGUCUGCGCUGAAGACCAUGGCCAUCCAAGGAGGCCCCACGUAUAACCUUUCCCAGCAGCCCUGGGCACAGCCUGCCAAGAUCAACGAGACGGUGAUGACUACGUACCGCGUGAUGAAGACCAAGCUGCCCGGCACCAUGCAGAGAAUGUCUCUGUACCUGGCCAACAGGGACACGGAGUUCAUCCUCUUCAAGCCCGUUCGGAACAACAUCCAGCAGGUGUUCCAGAGGCUACACGCUCUACUGCAGGAGGAGUUCAGUGGGGAGGACCUGCAGAUCAUAGCCUGUCCCUCUAUGGAGCAGAUAAACCUGUUGCUGUCUGUGAAUAAGUAGCUCCCAAAUAAGGACUGGAGGCGGGGCACCCUCGACGGGGGCGGGACUACAGCGAGACCAGGGGGCGGGGCGCACCGGCGUCCUUCGGACUGCUGAGACCACCGGGUUGUGGGGGCGGGGCCAGGCUUGGCCUUGGGCUCCAGGGCUGUAGCAAUCCCCUGAGGGACUGGACUGUGAGAACAUCGCUGGUCGGUGUGGAGUCACACUACCAAAGACCGCUUUGCACUGUCCGUGUGGUUUUGGCAAAGAUCCGCAGGUCGGACAGAGCAGACGUCCGGCCCAGAGAACUAAAAAUUUCUUGUUACUAAAAUGAGGGCAUAAGGGCGACUCUGGGGGGUUUUUUUUUUCGGAACAGCGAUGUAGCUGCUUUGGGAGUCUACAUCACAGAAACUGUAUUUUGGGUGAGGUGGGUAUUUAACAAGGCAAAUAUCUGUGAAUCGAUGUUAGUGAUGUCACUCAAUCAGGCCAAGCACCUUAUUGGAGGUCUAAUGCUGAAGGUAAGAGUGGACGGGGUUUUUUGUGUUGGGCGAUGAUGAAAUGGCUCGUAAUUUACAUGGAACCCAGACUUGGGGGGUUUUGGGCAACAUUACAGGUGACAUGAUGUAAUACAGAUUAGUCUGUAUUCUCAAUCUUGAGUUCCAUAAGCACUUCAGCUUCAUUUUCCUUUUUCAGUAUAAUUGGCUUCUAGCACCAAUAUCUAAAUCGCUUUUCAAGCUAAAUAUUAGCAUGCUAGUGAUCAAUGAAGGGGAUGCAGUUUUAAAAAACAUUUGAACAAAAGUCUCAUUUAUCUGUGCUGUGGUCUGCACUACGUGGUGGAGCGUGGGGCCCAAAAUGGCCGACAGCUUGGAUGUGAGGUCUGAAUUCACAAGUACCCAUACACCCCCAAGGGAUGGGCAAUGGAAAAACACAAAGUAAGGAAAGUUGUAGCUUGAAUAUUUACAGAUGAUUGGUGGACUGUGCAGUUUGUAUGAAUGUAGCUAGAAACGUUGUGUUUUAUGUAGGGCGUAGUGCACAGGCAUCAGACUCCCAUCCUGGAGGGCCGCAGUGUCUGCUGGCUUUCUGUGUUUAAGCACCAGUGAUUCAUUUAAGUCGUUGAUUGGUUAGCGAGUUCACAGGCCUUGCUCUCGAAGGCUUUUAUUGGCUGCUGACUGAAAGGAAACCACAGAUACCUGCAGAUGCCACGGCCCUCUGGAACUGGAGUUUGACCCUCUUGGCAUGGAGGUUGCAAUGGCGAAGUACUUCAGGUGCUCUUUAGAUGGCUUUCUUUAUGAAGAAAAGGCAAGUGCUUUGCUUGCUAUUUUUUCCUCAUGGUUUUAUUUGUCCAUUUAAAAGUUUCUGGUGUUUUUCAUUUUCAUUUGUCUCCCUUUUAUGAUUAUGUUGCAUAUUAUGGUUUUUUUAAAUAUAUUAAACCAGCCUAGGCGUGCAAAUGGGAAAAUCACGUGGUAAUUCAAUCCAAAUGCCAUCAUUACUGUAAUGUGAAAUUUGAUCCAAUGAAAGAUGGGCCUUUUAUUUUGUUACGCUGUCUCCACCAAAGCUGUGCCUGAUUUAUGUGUAUAAAAGCAGCACAAAUGUGAUGAAGUCUGAAUUUCUGGUGGUCGUGGGAUUUGAUGUUCUGGUCUGAGAGAUGCCCAUUCCAACUUCAGUAGAGUGGCGGUUCCUUCUCUGUUCCCCUCUCCCUGCUUUCCUUGUUGGAAUGAGGGCAGGAUAGACCGUGUCUGUCUGUAGACGGUGUCUGUGUCUGUCUGUAGACAGUCUCCUCCUUCCCAUUUCCUUCUUUCCCACCUGCCAUGUCUGGUGUAGAAUGUUGUCUUUGUAGUGCGGGCAAUAGCCAGCUCUAGUGUUUUGCUGGCCCGAAACAAGAAUGCUGUUGUGGUCCCAAAACCGCUCCAACGUGAAUCACACCCACCACUUAAGCUUGAAUCGUGUGGCCUGGGGAUGUGUAUGGCCCUGAACAACUGUGUAGAGCAGGGGGGUCCAUUUUUAUCUGAAAAAGACUGGUGUGUGGGUGCUGGUGUUUGUUUUAGCCCAGCGCUAACACACCUGAUUCUACUUAUCAAGAUGUUAAUGAAAGACCAUGAUUAGUUAAUUAGUAGAAUCCGGUGUGGUAGUGCUGGGCUACAGCACAAACCUGCGCCCACACCGGCCCUUUUCGGAUUAGAUUGCACCCCCCUGGCAUGGAGUGCUUAUGGCUCUGGUGGGCAGUAUCUUUGUCUCUCAGGUUCUAUUAGGUGGUGUGCUAAAGAGGAAACGCAAGGUGACGUGUCUGUGUGUCAGUCUGUACAGCACAGUACAGAUUGAGGUUUUUGGCCAACUUCAGACUGUGUUGGUGUUUGUGUUCCCUUAACCUAUGCAAGUUGAUCAACACUGCAUUUAAUAUAUGAAUAAAAAUAUAAUUUCCAGGUUUUUUAUAUACAGAUAAAGGGUUAUUGUGGCUACUAGCUAUUGUCCUAACAAUGCAGUUCACUGCGUGUUGCAGCUCUAAAUAUUUUUAUUAUGGGUCAACUUCAGUUGUAUGGUAAUUGCAGUGCUGAAGGGUAUUCUGGCCUUCUUUUCCAAAGGUAACGUCAAUGAAUCUACUAGAAAAAUGUUAAGAGGUGGAAAAUGGAAUGGAGUAUGAACUGUUCUAAUGACCAUGAUCAGAAAUGUAAUAUUUAGUUUAUGAAAGUGCACCACGCAAAAUACAGGUGGUUAUGAAAAUGUGUUUGAAAUGUUUUAUGGAAACUGAGAGCCCAGGUUAUCAGGAUGGUGUCUCCUGAAGGAAGAGGUCAUUUGAAUUGGAAGGGGAUGAGCAGGUUGUCUCUCGUAUUGCUCUUCAUCAUGAGGGAUGUUGUUUUGAAGCUUCUUAAACUGUGUGUAAGUCUUGUCAAAUUCCUCUCCUUAUGAGUGUUUUGGGCUUUCACACCUUGUUGUGGCUGUGAGCCUGGUGUCCUUCCUUCUCUGGACAUCCUGCAUAUCUCUCGCCAUCACUGGAGUGGGAUUAUUCCAAUAGUCACCACAUCUCCCAGAAUGCCCUGCCUUUGGCCUGAUGAUGUCACCAGGUCUCCCAGAAUGCCCUGCCUACAGCCUGAUGAUGUCACCACAUCCCCUAGAAUCCCCUGCAUACCGCCUGAUGUUGAAUUCUCCCUCCACUGUGUGCAUGUCACCACUGUUGGGCCAGUUUCUCCUGCUCCUCCCUGGACAACCUUCCUCCCCAUAACCCCCUAACCCCCAACCCGACAGCUGAACAUGGAGCCUUUGGUGGAGCAUCUCAUCUCAGCUUGAAAGAUCUUUUUUUGUUUGGGAUGUGAGAACCGGGGCCUCAUGAACCCCCAUAACUGGUGGAGCUGACAUGUGGUGUCAAACCAGUGACCUGUCGGAAGUGCUGUCCACAGGAAAAUGCUAUGAUUGACAGCGGAAUUCAAAGCCGGAAGUCACUGAUAACAUGCAGCUGUGCCGCCAUUUUGGUGGUUCGUGAGGUCCCCGCUGUCUUGUCCACUACCUACAUCUUAUCUCCAUGUUAAUUGUUGAUUGUAGACUUUAUGUCAAUAGCACCGCAUUUAUAUUUGCUGUAUAUUAUUUUUAUUUUAUAUUUUUUGUAUCUGGGUUGAUUUAAACCUCUGUGUUCCAUAAUCAGGCUAAGAUGGUGAUUUUUUUUCCUCCCUUUUUUUUGUCAUUAUUUUGCACUGUGUAGAAUUAUCCAGUGGCUCUCAAUUAGAAGAACGCAGCCUGAUGAAUCCUGAAGUGUACAUCACUGACGUGUAAAUUAAUUUUAUUCUUCCAAUAAUUUUAUUCUUCCAAUUAACAAUAUCAGAUCUUACACCAUGGUUUAUAUAAAAUUUGAACUAUAACUACGUUUUCUUAAACAAUUCUGUGUAUAACAGUGUAUAUAACAGUAAGCUAUUUAUCUAUUCUGAUUGAGAUGGGUAUUAAAUAAAGCCUUUCAUGUCUUA